CUCCACCAUCCGCCAGUUCUUCUGUCCCAACAAGACAUACAACGACAUGGCCACUCUGUUCUCCAACUCUCAGGAGGUGGCCAUCCACCAACUUUUCCACCAGGACGAAAAAGGUGGUUAACCUGCGUUUACCCACCACCAGACCUACAGUGCCGGUAGCCUACCCUCUUAGCCGAGGCAAUUUUACACACAUGAGCACACGCAGAACAGUGUUCAGAUGGGGAUAAGAAGUGCCAUCUGUGGACGGUGGUUGACCUGGCCUUCUUUGUCCUGAUGGGGGUGGUGGAAGGGCUGCUCGGGACUUUCUUCAACUACAUCAACAAGAGGCUGGACAAGUACCGCAUAAGACAUGUCCACCCCAAGGGUCCUGGAGAGCCUGCUGGUCGCCAUGGUGACGACGGUGGUGAUAUUCGUGGCGUCCAUGACAUUGGGCGAAUGUCGCGACUUGGCCUCCCCCACAACCAGCAACAACAGUACAGCGCCGGUGUCACUCAACGAAAACGUCAUCAACUCCACCAUCCGCCAGUUCUUCUGUCCCAACAAGACAUACAACGACAUGGCCACUCUGUUCUCCAACUCUCAGGAGGUGGCCAUCCACCAACUUUUCCACCAGGACGGUGAGACAGGACCUGACCUAGGAUCAGUUUGACAUUUUAGAUCAGGGUUUCCCAAUAGGCCAAAUUUGUCCCAUCGCUGAAUGUAAUUGGGGAGCCCUGUUUUAGGCCAUAAUGAAUGUGAUUAUGGACAGGCUUCCAUCUGAUCUGAAGGGCAAAACUUAUCCCCCUCCUGUACUAAACAGCAUGCUCAAUGAAGAAUCUCCAUGUAAAAGUACUUCUUAGUUCCAGGACCAGGCUUAUUCUGUGUUUUCUUUGAACAGGGCUGUCUCUAUUGGGUGGGUGUACGUGCGUUACAUUGUUUAUGGGCCUAAUAAUAAAGAUGUCAUCUAACCUUUUAAUGUGG